CGUGCGCCGCGCACGUCCUAUCCACACUCGCCCGGUCGAUUCCACACACACCGCGCUCCAAGCUCUCCCACCGCAAGACCUCGCGCUCGCAUCCAUCCAUGGCCGCGGCAGCCAUCUCCCUCUGCGGCUCGCGCUGCGUCGGCCCGAGCCGGAAGCCCGAACCUCGCCUCGCCUCCCAAGCGGGCGCCGCGCCGUGCGCGACGCGGCCGUCGUCGUCGCGCCGAAGGCUGGUGGUCGCGGCCGCCAAGUCGUCGGGCAAGAAGGCGGACGAGAAGGUCCCCUCCUGGGCCCGGCCAGGCUCCGACGAGCCCCCGCCGUGGGCGCGCGACGAGGGCGGGGCCUCGGGGCAGGACGGCGAGGCCGCCCAGGUCCCGUUCUACGCCUACCUGCUCGCGUCCGCCGUGACGGCCAUCGCCGCCAUCGGGUCGAUAUUCGAGUACACGAACGGGCGGGCGGUGUUCGGCGUGGUGGGCACCGACAGCCCGCUCUACGCGCCCAUCCUCGGCUUCUUCGCCGUCACCGGCAUCCCGACCUCCGGGUAUCUGUGGUACAAGGCCGUGCAGACGGCGAACAAGGACGCCGAGGAGCAGGACCGCAGGGACGGCUUCCUCUGAUUUGGUUUUCUUGGGAGAGCAAUGAACACGCUGAACAUACUUAUGAUGUACGCCCUGUGUUCAUUAAUACAAGACGUUUUGGCAGUUUAAUUUGAACUGCCAAAACGUCUUAUGUUAAUGAACAGAGGUAGUGGUACUUAGUAGUAUUCGUUUUUGGUAAAUUUGUUGCCGAUCGAGCAGAGCAGAUGGGUUAGCACUGGAAAAACAGCAGCAGGUGGACUAAGAGCAGAAGAUCUUGCCUGCUCCCUCCCUCCUCUGCACAUGGAGCAUUCGCCGUCUGAACUCUGCGUUUGAAUGGAGGAAGUGUCUCCGUUCAGUUUUCCCUGAGAUAUCGUUGUGAGUGUGUAUAUGAAGGCUCAUGAAUAUAUCGAAUCCAUCAAUGCACACUUGCAAGUUGCUGCGCAAA